AUGGAAUGGUCGCCUGGCCACGUCUGGUCGGCGCAAACUGUGUUGCCUGCCGGGUCACGGAUCGAGUUCAAGAUCAUCAUGGUGACAGAAAAUGGAGAUAUCGUGUGGCAACCAGGCCCGAAUAAGACAGCCGUGGUCUCCAACGCCAAGGUGAAGCAGCUUCUUCACCUCCCCUGGGACAACGAGGACCUUCCGCCUCUUCCGCGGACGGCGGACGUUGGCGCAGUGAAGGCAGGCGCGGUAGCGCUUGCUCCGGAGUUUCAAGAAGCGGAGCUCGCGAGCGGGAAUCCAUCAUUGAAGGGCACCAAGCAAGCAGGGCAAGCCCCUAAGAAGAAACCCGUCUCGCCAACUGCUCGAGUGCUGCAGGCAGAUGCAGCAUGGGGGCAGCGCGUGUGGGGUUCGCUAAUUUCCUCUUGGGGACGCCAAUCGCUGAUGGACGAGGAGACGGACCGGAAUUAG